CGCCCAACCCACCAACACUCCGUUCCCAAGUCCACGUUUGAGUUUUUCUACCACGCUCGCUCCCGUUUCAACAGGGCCGUUGCUGCUGAGUUCGUCGUCGUCGCCGUUGCCAAAAUGGAUUUCGCACCGUACCAAGACACCUCCCCCGACGCAACGCGCACCCUCUCACCACCACCCAACGACCGGCGCUCCACCUCCGCCUCUCCUCCCCUCCAAACAUCCCACGCAAACCCAUGGGCUGCGCAAUCUGGUAGUCCGCCGCUGGCACAGGGCGGUGGUGGUGGUGGGUUCACGAAUACAAGGGAUGUGGAGAUGGGUGGGCGCGGGCGCGAAGCGCUGCAUGAUUACGAGACGAGCUUGCCGUUGAGGUUGGAUUAUGAGGCGUGUUUGGCGUAUUUGGCGUUGCCGCCGGCGGGGGCAGUGGGGUUGUUGUUGGUGGAGUGGAAGAGUGAUUAUGUGAGGUUCCAUGCGUGGCAGUCGGCGCUGCUGUUUAGUGCGAUGUUUGUGGUGCAUCUGGUGUUUGCGUGGUCGAGUUUCUUGAGCUGGGUGUUGUUGGUGGGGGAUGUGGGGAUGAUUGGGUAUUUGACGAUGAGAGCUUAUAAGGAUGCGGAUACGCUUGAUCGGUGUGAGGUCCCGUUCUUUGGGCCGCUGGCGAGUCGGAUUUUGGACGAUGAGUAGGGAGUGGGGAUGGUGUGAGGACGAAGGUAGCUCUGGGAGGGUGAUAUGGAGCCGGGAGGGAGAAAUGCAAUGAUACCCUUGUGGAUGGCAUCUCCGGAAUGCCAGGGCGUGUACAUAGGGUGGAAGUGGUAAUAGAUACCUGUAUUGAUAAUGCUCGGCAGCAUACUAUAGCUGUCGGUUUCUUAUAUCCGUCCAGUCAGUCUGGGAGGGAAGCUCUAAUAAUCAUUCGUUCCCACAAUC